AUGGGCUGUGCGUGUAUAGAACACACACACCCACAUCAUCUGACCACCCAGUUGUAGCAAGAGACGGGACCUUCUUCUUGGUGCAAAUUGUGCUGUAAUAUUUACCAUUUAGGAAGCAAAUUUCCAGCUCACCUGUAACUUAGUCCACCGUGUGACGUGGUGCGUGAUUAAAUACAUUGGGACGGUGUGUGAUUUGGUGAAGAAAAUCCCGUGAAAAAAUGGAAGGAGCUUAUGGUGGCUCCAAAGCUGGAGGUGCAUUUGAUCCCAUUGCAUUCGUGCAGAGACCCCAGGUGAUCCUGCGGGCUGUUUGUUGGCUGUUCGCCAUAAUUGUCUUUGGUUGUAUCUCAUCGCAAGGAUGGCGCGUUGAUGAGGCAACGGGAAAGGAUGUCUGCCUGUACAAUAAUGAUGCAAAUGCGUGCAACUACGGUGUUGGCAUUGGCGUUAUUGCCUUCCUAGCAUCAAUGGGCUUCAUUGUGGGGGAAUAUUUGUUUGAGCAAAUGUCCUCCGUAAAGACACGCAAGCACUACGUACUGGGUGAUUUGGCCUUCUCUGCCUUUUGGUCCUUUCUCUUCUUCAUCGGCUUCUGCUACCUCGCAAAUCAAUGGGGGAAAGCAGAGGAGCCACCAUUGGGGUAUGGUGUCAACAAUGUUCAAGCGGCUAUCGCCUUUUCCUUUUUCUCAAUCAUAACUUGGGCGGGCUGCGCUUUCUUUGCAUAUCAACGAUUCAAACAAGGCGUCGAUGCGGCUUUCGCUGCAUACGACGCUGAUCCCACCGGUGGAAAUGCCUAUUCAAGCUAUCCCGUGGGCAAUGAUACGGAGCAGUAUCAUGAACCUCCGUUCUCUGGACAACAGCAACGUGGCCCAAAUGAGUUUCAAGCUCCAACAUACUAAAAAAACAAACAACAUGAAAAUCGUGCAACGUUGAUAAGGGGAAGUAAUAUUUAUCUUGGCUGAAAAUUGAUAUUACAGCGGGAUGAGAUUGUGCAAGAAACAAAAAGAAAAAUCUCUCCCACCCACAAAUUGUUUUUUUUUUGCAAAAAUGCCGAGUGAAUUUACAUUUAAAAAAAGGGAGUUGUGUAUAAAAAUGGUGGACGGUACCAUCUUACAAAAGUAUUGCUAAAAUACUCACAAAAAAUGAGAAUAAAUAAUAAAAAAACAAAACUAAUAGAGAAUAAUGUGGGAGAUAUUUUAAACGAAUUGAUGGUGUUAAUGUUAAAUGCAUUAAAAAAAAGAUUAUAAAGAACAAAUAGAUUUGAGAAUAUAAAAGAUUUAUUGUUGUUUGCCGAAAGACAUUUAGUGAGAAACAAAAUACAAAAAUUAACGACUUUUUGUUAAUUUGCAAUUUGAGGUUAGGUUCACUUAUUUAGAGAUUUUUAUUUAGAUAGUAUUUUAUGGUUGACUUUACCUUCAUUUUCACACUAAACAAAAAAAAACUUCAAGCACCUUAAAAUCAAAUACAAAUUGAGGGACUCGUGAGGGUGGAUUUAAAAGAAAAUUUAAAAAAAAAAAAACUAUGAAUGAAUCAUAUCGAUGGUCCGCAUUUUGGCGGUUUUUUCGCUCAAGCACAUUCCCAUCGGAGUUGAUUUUCCUCAAAAGGACCAAAAAGAAAGACAAGAAGAAAAAAAAUCUCGAAUAUGUAUCCUCCGCAUCAAUAUCAUUCCCUUUCCCACCACAUUUUUCUCAAUCCCCAUCUUUUUCUAUGAAAAAAAAAUCUUUUCUACUAAAAAGAAAAUGAAGAAAAUUUUCUCGAGAAUUUUUGAAAAUGACCGCGCGUCCUUUUUAACGAUCAUUUUGCAUGAAGGAAAAGAAAGAAACGAUCCCACUUGCCAGAGGCUCGGGCCUACACAUUUUGCCCAUUUUGCCAUCUUCAUUUUUACGUAGUCUUUACUUUUUUUUCACACAUUAAAGCAAACAAACAGAAGAAUAAAUAAAAUGUAAAAUGCAAUAAAGUUGACUUAAGACAUGUUGAACAUUAAAAAAAGAAUGAAAGACACUCUGCUUUAUAGAAAAAAAAAUAACUUGAAUAAAUUGUAAUAAAGGAGAUUAUUGUAAUCUCUAAAUAUUUAUAAAAAAAAAUGCAUAACGUGUAAAAUUAUUAUUGUUUAAAAAAAUAAUAUAAAAGGAGUAGUUAAACUAAAAAAAAAAAAAAGAAAACUAUAUUCUAUAUUUAGAUGAAGAUUUCACAGGGUGUGACAAAUGAAAACAUUGUGACAAAUGAUCUGAAUUUAAAUAGCUGACAGCUGUCAAAAUUAAGAAAUGUCAGGGUUAUGUCAAAUGUGUCUAUGUCGUAAUGACAUUUGAUACAAAAAUUAAACAAAUUGACAAAAAAACAGAAAACAUUUCAAACUUUUCUUUUACUUAUGAAAAGCAAAACUGUUUAAAAAAAAUGACAGGUUAAGUUUUUUUUUAAAUUUCCAAUUCUUUUGACAGCUAGAGUUCAGAAAAGCAACUUUCGCGUAAAAUCAGAUCCAAAACUAAACUUUUAAAUUUCCUGUGGAUUUUUUUUUAAAAAACUAAAGGGUCGAUUUUGUAUUUUUUUUUCUUGUUAUUUAUUUACAAUUAAGGUUAAGUAAGAUCUAGGGAAUUCUUUGAAAAAUAUUAUAAGAUUUUCACAGUUUGUUUUUUUCCUCUAGCCGUAUUUUAAAAGGAAAAAGACUUUUCCAGAAUCUUUUAAAAAUCUUUCUAAAAGAAACUUCUAAAAGAAGUCUGGGAAAACACUUCUUUUUUUUUUAAUUUUUCUUUGACAAUGAGACUAUAGAACAAUUAAAAAAAAGAAAAUGUCAAAAUUUUAUAACACCUUUAAAAUUGCAAGAAAAGAAAAUAAAAGAUAUUUGACAGAAUUGAACCCUUAUUUUGAAUCUCAUUUGGAAAAACUAUUAAAAAAAGAAAAUUCUCUUCUCUUUCCCUAAACAUUGAAUACUUUUGCAGAUCAAUUGUCACACCCUGUUAAUUUUAAAGUGGAGCUAAAUGAAAAAAAAAGCGUUAAUAAUUCAUAUAUUAUAAAUUCUAGUCGCUGAAAAUGGAAAGAAUAAAAAUUAAAAUUAAGUAUAAAUAUAUAAAAUUGAUUUGUAAAAUUGAAUGUAAAUUAUUAAGGAAGAUUGGAGUGUUUAUUGAGGGAUUUUCUUUAAGGGGCAUAACAAAAAUCACACCGAAAAGGUCCAAGGCAACAUUUUGAGGAUUUUGUGGAACAAAAAUAAAAAGAAAUAAGAAAUUAAAUAAACUUGUCGAAAUAACCUUUUUGGUGUUGAUAAAAAGGUAAAAAAAAAGAACAAUAACUUGGUAAAUAGUAAAUCAACUAAAAGUAUAAACUUCACCCACCAAACACUUUUUUAGAGAGAAAUUUUAAAUGAAUUUUUCGUUUUUUUUCUUUAUUCUUUGUAUUAUAAUUUCUCCGCUCUACAAAUAAAUGAUAAAGGUUUGUCGGCUAGUUAAUCACUUAACAAAAAAAAAAAAACACGACAAAAUUAAUAAAUUUGCGUAUAAACUAUGUGUUCCCAUUGAAGUUACAACUUAAUUAAAUUAAAAAGUGAGAAAUACAAAAAAUAAAAAAUAAAAUAAUUGUAGAAUGUUUGUAGUUAUAUUUAGUAGGAAUGUGAAUGAAGAAGAAAAUCACAGAAAGGAGACGCUUAAAGUUGAGCAAAAGGAAACAAUAAAAUUACUUAAAAAAGAGAAUAUUAAUUGUGCGAUAAGAAGAAACAAAGACUUUGUUUAAUACGUUAAUUUUAACAAAUUAUUUUUCUUUCCUUUUUGUGAUAAACACCUUGUUGAUAUUUUCACGUAUUUUUAAUGAAAAAAAUUAAGUUUUCCACCACCACCAUUUUUUUUUAAAUAAUUUUUCUUUGAAUAAAAAAAACCUCACACCCACCCACCCACUCUGUAGAAGAAGAAACAAAAUGAAAAGAAGAAAAUUAAAUAAAAAAAUGAUUCAAUAAAGCCCAGCAGGAAGUAAAUGAAUAAAAAAACUCAUGCCAAAAUUAUAUACAAUAAAAAACUGUUUUAAAAAUAUAUACACAGAGGAUAUACUAAAAGAAAAAAAAAGAAAGAAAAUAAUUAAAAUAAAAGAUUUGCAGUGUUACCCACAAAUUCUCCCGGAAAUUGCGCGGGAGAUUUGUGUGGGAGAGCUUUUUGUGGAAUGUAAAAUUGGACAGGAAACACAGUAUUUUUGUGAUAAAUGCAAAAAUAUAGUAAAAAACACACACACUAACAAACAAACAACACGGUAGAAUUGCAAAAGUAAAGAAGAAAAAAAAACUUUAAAGAACUAGCGCAAAAGGUUCCCUCUUGCGAGUUUGUGACGUAAAAUGGUGGUGCAGAGGAGAUACCAACAAAAUAAGAAAAAAAAGAAACUAAUGUACGUUUAUAAAUAACUUAUUGUGAAUAAUAAAGUAUAUUCCCUCGAUGGUAAGAUAAAAA